AUGGAAUUCGAUACUAAGACCCCUCUUUACCAGACCUCGGACAAGACGUCUUUCGCCUACAUCUCGGCGCGCGACCGCUGGCCUGUGAUUCUUACAGGUGCCAUUGAUGACUUGCACAAGGCCAUUGGUAAGACCGAGGAUUCUGAGAAGCUAGCCGAAGGCAAGAGUAUUGUUUCCGAGCUCGCCAAGCUCAAGUAUGAGUUGCAACACGAUCGCCAGCUUACACCUCUGGCCGAUGACGGACAGGGUGAUAUUGAGGGCUACAACAAGGAGCUAGAGCAACUCGGCAACCCCAAGUGGUUCGAAGUGCCUUGGUUGUUCUCGGAAUGCUACCUCUACCGCCGCAUGGCCACUCUCUUCAAGCUCUCUAAGCACUGGAAGAACUACGACGUCUUCAACAAGCAAAAAAUGUCCACCUUCCGCUCCUCCCGUCCCGCAGUCCUCGAACUUGCCUCUCGCUACAACGAACUCACCAAGCAACUCUCUUCCAAGUCUUCGACUUCUCAGUCAGAAGAGGAGCGCAUAGCAGCCGAAAAAGUCCUCUUCACUGAAAUGUGCGAGAUCUGUCUCUGGGGCAAUGCCACCGAUUUGUCUCUUCUCACCAACUUGACCUACGAGGACAUUCAGAAGUUGCAAGGUUCCAAGGCCAGAAAGGCCGCAGAGAAGAACAUCAUCGCCAACGACUUUGACGCCGCGUUUGAAAUUCUCAAGUCCGCGCAGCAAUCUGGUGUCAAAGAACGCAGAGUCGAUAUCGUUCUUGACAAUGCCGGUUUCGAACUUUUCGUCGAUGUCAUUCUUGCUGGAUAUCUGUUGCAGGCCGGUCUUGCUACCACCGUUGUGCUGCAUCCCAAGAACAUUCCUUGGUUCGUUUCAGACGUGGUGCCCAAGGAUUUCUCUGACCUCCUGACCGUUCUCGUCAACGCAAAGCACUUUUACGAGUCCCCCUCUGAAGACGAUGAAGCCAAGGGUGUCACUCCCGCCAAGCUCUCAGACCAAGAAAGCUCAGAUAUGCAAGAACUCUUCCAAAACUGGAGUUCGCUGUAUGCAGAGGGAAAGAUUGUAUUGCGUCCCAACAAAUUCUGGACCGAGGGAGGAAGUUAUUGGAGACUUCCCGGCACUGCGGAGAGUUUGUUUGGAGAUCUCAAGGAGAGUGAAUUGGUCAUCUUCAAGGGUGAUUUGAAUUACCGCAAGUUGACUGGUGAUGCUGCUUGGGACCCUACCACUCCCUUCACCCAGGCUAUUGGACCUUUGGGCCCUGGAUCUGGCAUGCGCACGUUGGCUCUGCGUACCUGCAAGGCUGAUGUCGUCGUCGGCCUCAAGCAAGGCGAAGACGAGCGUCUCCGUGAGAUGGAAGGCGGAGGUGGUGACAGCGGUGCUCGCAAGUGGGCCUGGAGCGGCAAGUGGGCUGUCGUACAGCUCUGUGAUGGCAAGAAGUAA